AUGACAACGUUUGCUCAACUUAAAGCGAAUCUUCUUGAUUCCUAUCGAAACGAAUUUCCUGAUGAUGAACCAACUCUGUGUUCAUUUGCACCUGGUCGUGUUAAUUUAAUUGGUGAACAUGUUGAUUAUAAUGAUGGUUUUGUUUUUCCUAUGGCUAUACCACUUGGUACUGUAAUCAUAGGCAAAGCACUAGAUGAUUCGGCUAAUAACAAAUGUUAUAUUCGAACAUUAUCAAAUGAUGUCGAUGAACCAAAAUCGGUUGAAGUUGAUUUAUCAAAAGAAAUCUCACGAUUAGACUCACCCAAAUGGGCUAAUUAUGUUGUUGGUGUACUUGCUCUCUUUUUGGAGCGUACGAAACCAACUAAAAAACAAGCAUUCCGAAUAUUGAUUGCAACUUCGGUGCCCAUUGGUGGUGGUCUCAGUUCAUCAGCAUCCGUUGAAGUAGCCAUGUGUACAUUCCUUGAAUUACUUUAUCAAAGCUCUUCAGCGAACAUUCCAGCACUAUCGAAAGUUGAAAAGGCAUUAUUAUGUUGUAAAGCAGAACAAAUAUAUGCGAAUGUACCAUGCGGAAUUAUGGAUCAAUAUACAGCAUGUAUGGCCGAAGCUAAUCAUGCGUUAUUAAUUGAUUGUCGAGAUAAUACAUCGAAAUGUGUUCCAAUGAAAGAUAAAGAAGUAUGUGUGCUAGUAACAAAUUCAAAUGUAAAACAUGAACUAGUUGCUGGUACAUAUGCUGAACGUGUUAAACAUUGUCAAGAAGCAGCAAAACGUUUAGGCCAUAACAAAUUACGUGAAGUUUCAUCGAUGGAAGAACUUGAAAAAGCUCACGAUAAGAUGACACCUGUAAUAUUUAAACGUGCACGUCAUUCUGUGACUGAAAUACAACGUACAGAAGCAGGAGCCAUAGCGUUAAGUAACAAUGAUUAUCAGGAAUUUGGUCGAUUGAUGUAUGAAAGUCAUGCAUCACUUCGCGAUGAUUUUGAAGUAUCAUGUGAAGAAUUAGAUCAGCUUGUUGAACUAGCACGUUCUGUUGAUGGCGUUUAUGGCUCACGUAUGACCGGUGGUGGAUUUGGUGGAUGUACGGUGACAUUAGUUAAAAAAUCAUCGGUUACUAAAUGUAUUGAUGCCAUUAAAAAGGGCUACAAGGGUACAGCAAGUUUCUAUGAAUUUGAACCAAGUGGUGGUGCCUAUUCAAUUAGUUUAUAA